CCAGGUGACCACCAUGACCCAAUCACCUUCCGUUUGAGCUGCCCCUUUAAAUUGAUUGUCGUGUGUGCUUCCGGGUUUUCUCCUCUUUUCUCCAAACAUUGCUGCUGCUCAUUGUUGGCUGUCUGAUCGGUUGUUUAUAAAACAACCAGAGCGCUUAGAUUGACUCAUCGGUUGGUUUGUCUUUGAGACGUGAAGAUUUGUGGUUGUGAUCUAUUGCCAGAAUCGAACAAGUUACCAUUACCACCUCCUCAGACAAUCAUUACUCGACGGUCAGGUUUUUUUUCCUCCUUGGAUUCACCUCUUUGACGAAGGAAGAUGGCGAGCUACCCACCCACCACCUGGUGGUAGGAAACGGAACUGCAUUUCUUUCCUACAGGAAAUGAACUAAAACUCUUAAGGAGUAUUGCAAGGGGAAAAUACUUGUCUCCUUUUGCUUUUGGACUUCUUGUGGACUCUAUUGGAUUUUGACAUAUCACUGAUUAUAAUAAUUGUUUUGUUGGGUUGUUUUUUUUCCUCCUUCCGUUUUUUUGGGGGAAAUUUAUUGUUUUGUUGGUUUGGUAUUAUUAUUAUUAUUAUUAUUAUUAUUAUUAUUAUUAUUAUUGCCACUGCAAUAAAUAGCAGUAUCAACAAACUUUACUUUUGCAUCAGUUGUAUUACUUAUUCACCAUUAUCAUGACUCCGUAUCGUACCUAGUUCUGAUUUUAUAAACUGGUUAAUAUUACAACUUGCAGUCAGAGCUGCGCAGUGAAAAAAAAGCGCUACAAGUGGCGAGCUAGCCAGGAGUCUUGUAAUGGGUGAAUAAUUGAACAACUUCACAGUGUCUUUAAUUUUGAUGAGUUAGAAAAAAAAUGGAUGUUGUUACUCAGUUGGGUUUAAACAUGCAACGAUCUGUGUUAGUUACUGGCACUCAGAGCGAUGAUGAUGAAAAAGAGAUAGUUGAACGUUUACAAUGUUAUGGUGCAGUAAAGGAGGUUUUUCAUGUUAAUGAUCCACAAAGUGCAUUUUAUAAAAACCUGAUUGUCGAGUUUGAAGAAGAUUCUUCAUUAAUUGCAUUACAACCCCUUUUCCCGUAUGAUUAUCCUUCUCGAACCAGAUUAGAUAUGAUAUUUCAUGUUACCUCUCUUGCUUCAGAAUAUGCAGCCGCAGUGAGUAGCAGCAGUUCCCCCAUAGAUUACAUUGAUGAGUUGAAGAACAUAGCUACGCGAAGCGGAAAACGAUUUGAGGAGGUUCUUAAAGGUGUGAUGGACCAAAUCAGCACACAUUUGGAGUUGGCAGGAGGUGAUGAUGGAGAUGAUGAGGACAAGAAAGAUGACAUCCUCACCUUAGCACAACCUGUGCAAAGCCAGCAGACAUUGCUAUCUGUGCCUCAAGCGGUUUCAGCCCCUCCAACCCAUUCAUAUACUGAUUGGCAGGGAGAGCCACCUGGAGCUAGCCGCUCCCCUACACCGCCAAUCCAGAGAGUUUCUUUGUCAGGGAAUGAUCUUAUUCCACAGAAUGUUCAAAAAGUUGUGGUGGAGCAUGUUGUAAAAAAUAGUGACUUUUCUACAUCCUCACUUAGACUCCGCUCAUUUUCAGGAAAAAUUCCAAAACCAAGCAAUGAAGCGGAUUAUGACUCAUGGCGAUCCCAAAUAGAGUUGCUGCUUGCUGAUCCCAGCCUUUCCAGACUGCAUAUUAAUCGGCGAAUUGUUGAAAGUUUGUUAUCACCAGCUGCCGAUUUGAUUAAAUGUUUGAGCCCUGGUGCAUCACCUUCCACUCUUCUUCAAGUCCUUGAUUCAGCUUUUCAAACAGUACAGGAUGGAGAGGAGCUGUUUGCUCAGUUUCUGAACAUUUUCCAGAAUCCUGGUGAGCGGCCAUCCUCCUAUCUCCAGCGAUUGCAGCUUACUCUCAGCACAGUAAUAAAAGAGGAGGAAUAUUACCAAGAGACAAGGAUAUGUAUUUACUUAGACAGUUCUGCCGUGGAUGCUGGGACAAUUCAGUCAUCUCCAAGUUGCAGCUUGAGGAAAAGAAAAGCAACCCUCCACCAUUUUCUGAACUCCUGUUGGCACUCCGAACAGAAGAGGACAGACAAAUUGCUAAAGAAUCUCUAA